CCAGGUACUUGUGGUUUACAAAGUGUUAUGACUCGAUCGUGACAGAAACAAAGAAGCAGUGCACAAAUGUAAUCAUCAGUGUCAGUGCCAGUGCGCGAUUUUUAGUUUAGUUUCCCCUUUCAUUUUAUUUUCACCGAGACAGCAGAGAGAAUCAUAGCAGCAGAAUUUCCUGAAGAGAAUGUCGACAGAAAAUCGAGAGACUGAAAGACUGCCCCUGGAUCCUCUCCCCCUGGAGCAGCGUGAGAAACCAGGGGUGAACGGUAACUGUGGAUUGAGCGUCCUGGAUGCAGUAUUCCCAGUUCCAAAUCUUGAUGUCGAUGCUGGAGACAUUCCCAGCAGCAGAGCACUCGUCAGUGAAUGGGACAUCUUUUGCAUCGGUCUCUCAAUUCUCAUGCAUCUUCUGGAUUGCUUAGCGGAUCUCAAUUUAGCCGUGAAUUAUUUCAUGAGGGGAGACUAUGCAUAUCUCAUUUGGACCUGCACAUUUAUAUUCACUCCGUCGUUCGUGAAUAUCGUCAUCAGUAUUCAGAUUUCUGCUCAGGAUCGCCAGCAGAACAAUCAAGAAGACGAGAAGGACAAAUCCAGCUGGAGUAAACUGGUCAAAAUUUGGCUACUAUGGCCCAUUAUUCUCGUAUUCCAAUUGGCACCUGUACUUCAUCAUUUAGAUAAUUUGACUUAUGCCGGUAAAUCGUAUCGCGCCCGAAAAAAAGGAAAUCAGUCAAAACAGAAGAAAUAUUAUCUCAAAAUGCUGAAGGAGGAACAGGACAUUGCCCUGAUGAGAGUAUUGGAAUGUUUCUUGGAGGCGGCUCCUCAUCAAGCCUUGCAACUGACAAUCAUGAUGAUGCACUAUCAAAGCAGCCCCGAAGUGAAUUUUCAUUUCUUAAAUCAAACCCUCAGUAUUGCGAGCUCUCUCGUAGGCAUGGGUUGGGCCAUGUCUAGUUACCAUCGCAGCAUAAGAAAAGCCCAAUGGGACAAAGAGAACAUCAGUGCUGUUGGAAAUUGGAUGCAGUUCUUCUGGCACUUCUUCGUCACAAUAUCUCGAGUGGUGGCUAUUGCAGCAGCAGUCACAAUAUUGCCCCUAUACGCUGGUAUCGCCAUUGUUAUUCACUGGCUCUUCAUGUUCAUUUGGAUAUAUCUGGAGCCUUCAGGUCUCAACGAAUUCUGCCGAGACCGUAGCCAGCCACCCCACAGAGGUCCAACAAUCGUUGAAAGUCUGAAAUCGCAUUUACUCGGCAUGACCUUUGGUCUCGUUUACAUUUUCACGUAUUUCAAGCUGAUCGAUGGACCAACCUACUGGAAACACGCAAUCUACUACUCUUUAUGUUUCGGGGAGAAUGUGGUAGCAGCGGUGAGUUGGAUCUUCCUCGGGGAUGAUCUUGCGAUCAUACGGUGGUACUAUGAGCUCGUUCCAGCCACGUGCAUUGCCCCAUUCAUCCUCGGAAUAGUUGUAAUGAUAGUUUAUUACAAAGGGUUCCAUCCAUCGAUGAAAAACAUGAUCAAUAGGAUUGAUCAGCCGACUGAAGAGAAUAGCAGACAACUCGCAAUAUAAUAUUGGUGCAUAUUUAUAGAUCGUAUUACUGAGAUCAAUCACCUGAUUGAUCGUUCACUCACAGUACAUCCAUGACUGAACGUCUGAACUGUUUUAUGAUAACCUUUUUAUAUUUUUAUACGACAAGUGUAAAUUAGGUACAAAAAUACCAAUGAUUGGUAUUUAAUGAUGGAAUAAACCAGUGAAAAAGCA